AUGCCGGCACGACCUAUCCUAACGACGUGCAACUUUUCAAAACCGUCUGUCCCGGGCUGGGCCCCUCCUCCAGCUCGCGAUUCGGAUAUAUGCGCGAAACUGGUCGCUAUGCGUGGAGGACGGAAAGAAGCUGUGGUGUUGACACUCAAUAAACCAGCAACUAUUGGACGGAACCCGGAUCUCUGUGUCCGUUCUCCGAGUGGUGGGGUCAUUGUCUCCUGUCAGGAUUUUUCUCGAAAUGGCAUUACUCUCAACAAUCAGCACAUUCAUAAAGCCGCAUUUAUUCUGAUGGAUGGUGAUGUUUUACGGUUGCCAAACUCACUUGCUUUUACGUGCAUACACACUUGGAGGGGGCCUGUCGAGAAAUUGACGCUAUUCGAGCCCUCCCCGCCGUUACAACCUGCUCAAAAACGCAUUGGCGAUUACAUUGUGACCUCGCAAUGCCUUGGAACUGGAUCCUUCGCCACAGUUCAUCUAGCAAUAGAUCCAAUCAGGCAUCGGCAGGUGGCUUGCAAAAGCAUCAGGACCAAGCGUGAUCACGAAGUCGUGCAGGUUAUGAAAGAAGUCAGACUGUUGAUGACCUUCAAGCAUCCAAACAUCAACGAAAUAUACGAUACAGAAGAGAACCAAAAAUUUAUUCAUAUUUUUCUUCAACUCUGUACGGGUGGCGACCUAUUUACGUACAUCACCAGCGCCAGUGCUAGUGAUAAUCGACUUUGUGAAGCGGAGGGGAAGUACAUCAUGUAUCAACUAUUGCAAGGCUUGAAGUAUCUGCAUGAUAAAUUAGUGUCUCAUCGCGAUCUCAAGCCCGAAAAUAUCUUGCUGUUCUCUCCAGGACCAUAUCCCCGUGUGCUAAUCGCAGAUUUCGGACUAGCACGUCCAAACUCGUAUCAGGAGACAUUCAACGUCUGUGGCACUGUAUCUUAUUUACCCCCUGAAGGCAUUCUGGCCUUAGACAACAAACAUCUCAGUUACACAGGAUUACCAUCUGAUUGCUGGAGUGUCGGAGUGGUUCUUUAUAUCAUGUUGUCGUACGUCGACCGUUCUUCUAAGCGAAGUCGGUAA